UAUUUUAUUAAGGGUCAUUAUUUCUUAGUUCCGUUGGUCCCUUGGCGGAUCCGAAUAGUUUGGCCCAGGGUAUGAAGCCUAUUUUCGAGCUCUUCUUCAGCUGCCCGAUGUAGUCCCACCUAUUGACCGUAAAUUUGAGAAACUCCGUCGUGCUGCCCAUCUCCAUCAUCCUCAAUGCACCUUACACGACGCAACUCAAAUCAUCCCUGUUGAAGCUAUCGACCAACACGUGUAACUUCAACAGGAAAGGUCCACCGUAAAAAGCUGCUCCUCAUAACGUAAUAUAAGCCUCCCCUGAUCACUCUUCCUCCUCAAGCGUCUUAACUUAGCCCUCACGGUCUCUUCGUCUCUCUCUCUCUUACCCCGAUCGACGGAAAAUGACGACGUACGGGACGAUCCCGUCUGCGCCACCGGCGUCGUCGAGGAUCCAGUUCGUCUCGCGCGCCAAGGAGCGGAUCAAGUCCGAUCUGGCCACGCGCCGGCCGUGGAAGGAGAUGGUCCACCUCCAUGCGCUUACCCUCCCAGCCUCUGCCGGCGACGCCUUCCGGAGAAUCGGAACAAACGUCGGCUACUUCCGGAUGAACUACGCCAUCAUAGUGCUCCUUAUUCUCUUCCUCAGCCUCCUCUGGCACCCGAUCUCGCUGAUCGUCUUCGUAGUCAUGAUGGCCGCCUGGCUCUUCCUCUAUUUCCUGCGCGACGAGCCGCUUGUGGUCCUCGGUCGCACGAUCGACGAUCGCCUCGUGCUUGCCGUCCUGUCUGUGCUCACGCUCGUCUUCCUGUUUUUGACGAAGGCGACGACCAAUAUUCUGGUGUCGCUCUUGAUCGGUGCGGUGAUAGUUCUGGUUCACGCGGUGUUUAGAAGGACGGACGAUUUGUGUGCGGAUGAAGAAGGAGGGUUCGGAUCCAGUGCGGCGAUGCACGGUGGAGCAACGGCUCGAAUGCCUCUCAAAGAAACUGCUUCUUCUUCGUUUUCCGCUUCUUAAUUGUACAGGUUACAUAUGCUUUUGUUCAAUUGUAGGUUUUCUUUUUUCCUUUUUUCAGUUUUAAAUUUAUUGAUAAUAAUCAAUUUUUUUGUUUA